AUGAUGCUGGCCGCGGCAUUUGUCUUCACCUACUAUACGAUCUGGGCUAUCUUAUUGCCUUUUUUCGAUCCUGCAAGUCCUAUUCACGGCUGGUUCCCUUCACGCGAGUGGGCUGUUCGUCUGCCAGCAUUCACUCUUGUCGUAGGCUUGUCAGCCAUCGGUCUAUUCGUCGGUUCUACUAUAGUGAAGGAAAACAGGAAGAAAGCGCAAAAGGCAAGGUUACGCACUGCAUGA